AUGGCGACGCUCAGUGUAUUGAUCACGGGCUUUGGUGUAGUGCGCGACAAUGCGCUAACCGAUUGUGUGGUAUUUCUAGGGACUGUGCAACAAAGCGGCGGCGGUUCAUGGACAAUUUAUCGGCCUUAUGAAGCCUUUCACCGUUUAAGUCAACAACUUGCAAUGAUUUUUGGAAGGUCGAUGCCUACCUGUCCACCGCGUAUGUUUGAUGAGCGUUUUCCUGAUUCUCUAGAAAAAGCACGCGUGGAAUUGAGCAUGUGGAUGAUGCAGCUGUUGCAACAUGCGCCAAUUUAUCAGUCACACGUGUUUGUAGACUUUGUAAGUGCUGAUGCCAAUGUACCACCUCCGGGAUUACAAAAUUCGACUCAAAUGAAUGCACGCAAUAUUGGAGACCUCGACAUGGACGAAAUGUUUGGCUCAACAACCGAUGACGAUCCUCGUUUUCAUAAUGAACUCCGUGAUGACGAUAUGUUCCAGUUUGACUACAACACAGACAUGUCAGGUGCUGGUUUGGACCAACAGACCCUAUUGGAAGAAACGCAAAUGCAACAUGAGCAGCAAGUGCAGGAGCAAAAGAAGCGGAGUGAGAAGGUGACGUUGGAAGAUUUUGUGAUGAUUAAAGUUAUUGGGAAGGGAAGUUUUGGCAAAGUGUUACUAGUGCGCAAGCGCGAUACUGGACUUAUUUACGCCAUGAAGGUAUUGCGGAAAGAAAACAUCAUCAAACGCAAUCAAGUGGAGCACACGCGCACUGAGCGCCAUGUUUUGGGAUACGUGCGUCAUCCUUUUAUUGUCGGGCUUAAUUACGCCUUUCAAACAUCCGAAAAACUAUACUUUGUGCUAGAUUAUUGUGCAGGAGGCGAGCUAUUUUUCCAUCUUGGUAAGGUGCAACGAUUUCCAGAGCAUCGAGCCCGCUUUUACGCUGCUGAAAUUACCUUGGCGAUCGAAUACGUACACAAUUUGGAUGUAAUUUACCGCGAUUUGAAGCCUGAAAAUGUGUUGCUUGAUGAGAAUGGACACAUUCGACUUACGGACUUUGGAUUGUCGAAAGAAGGAAUUCAGGACGAUUUUUCUGGCGCAAAUUCGUUUUGUGGCACACCGGAAUAUCUAGCACCUGAAAUACUGAAUAGGUCUGGCCAUGGCCGGGCAGUUGACUGGUGGUCACUUGGUGCAUUGCUCUACGAAAUGCUCACGGGCUUACCGCCAUUCUAUUGUCGGGACCGUGACCGUUUGUUUGAAAAAAUUCGCAAGGGUGAUCUAAGUUUUCCAAAAUAUUUGUCGCCGAACGCCAAGGAUUUGCUUAUCAAGCUCUUGGAGCGCGACCCGACCCGACGUCUGGGAACGGGUCCCACUGACGCAGGUGAAAUUAAACAUCACCCGUUUUUUGCAGAAAUUAAGUGGGACGCGCUCGCAACAGGACAUGUGCCACCCCCGUGGCGUCCAACUUUUUCGGGUGCAUUGGACACGUCCCAGUUUGAUCGGGAAUUCACUGAUAUGCCUGUUGUGAGUCCGGAUAACCACGUGCGGGGCAUGGCGAUGGCAAUGGGACGACGACCCGCCAAUGGGAAUGCGUAUGGCAGCAGUCUGACAAGCAACGAUCCUUUCAAGGGUUUUACGUUUACCGAGGAUUCGUAUCUACAGGACGGUCUCCCAAGUCGAAGCCCUGCGAGAGGAAGUGGACGCGUGCGGCACCAUGUAUAA